CCUGCACUCCGGAACAGACUCUUUCUACCUGGAGUUUCAUUGUCAGAUAUGAAACUCCGCUCCUGGGGCCCUGUGCGGUUUGGCCCUUCUGGAAUUCCUGUGUAAUUGUGCCACAGCUGUGGAGAGACACUAUUACAUUGCAGCUGUUAAUAUUAACUGGGACUACACAUCUGCCAGACAGCACAGGACUGGACCGUCAUAUAAAAAAAAGUCGAAUACAGAGAGUAUAAUGAGGGAUUCACACAGGCUAAACCACAUCCCUUGUCCUCAGGAUCAUUAUACUUUGACAACACGUCACUCUAUGAGAAAGAAGAUGACGUCAUUUUACCCAGCCAAAAGCACACAUACCAGUGGGAGGUGACCUCUGAGGUGACCCCUACAGCUGCGGACCCCCCAUGCAUCACCUACACAUACCUUUCCCACUUUGACAUUGUUAAGGACUACAAUACAGGGUUAAUAGGCACAAUGCUGAUCUGCAAAAAAGGCACCCUAGACAGCUCCAGAAAUCAGAUUAAUUUCCAUCAGGAGGCUGUGCUGUUGUUUGGAGUGUUUGAUGAAUACAAGAGCUGGUACAGCACUGGGGGCCCUGAACGGGCACACAAUGUGAAAUACACUACAAAUCUACACAAAUGGCUCUGUACCAGAUCUGGACAUCUGUGCCCACUCCAAAGUCAGCUGGCACCUGCUGUGAAUGAGCUCUGAGCCAGAGCUCUUCUCUGUACACUUCAAUGGGCAAGUCCUUCUGCAUGAUGGACACAAAACCUCAUCUGUUGGCAUCAUUAGUGGAACUGCCACUAGUGCCAGUAUGACUGGUGUCCACCCCGGCCGCUGGCUUAUUUCCUCUCACAUUAGCAGGCACUUGGAAGCUGGUUUGCAUGGAUAUCUAAAUAUCAAGACGUGUGAGGAGUACACAGCACCAAAUAGAUGGCUUACCAUCCAACAGAAACAAGAAAGCCAAGAGUGGACUUACUAUACAGCAGCAGAAGAUUUCUGGGAUUAUGCUCCAAAUAUGCCUGAAAACAUGGAUGGUCUCGGCCUUGAAUCUGAAAUAACAGAGAAAAGAACAUCAUCCACUAAUGUUACAAUGAAAUCUCCCAGUGAAAUUUUGAGAAUCAGAGCUCUUUUCUUCAGACAGUACAGAGAACACGUCCUUUUCUCUUAGCCCUUUCAAUAAUGUUUCAUCCAUGAAGAACAGCUCAAAGCAAAGGUGAAGAGGAAGUAGUCAUCUAUCUGAAGAACAAUCACAGCGAGGCCAUACUCACAUCUCAUCUCGAGCCAAAAGAAGAGCACUAGGGUUAUGAAGGCAAACAUGAACUGGUUCGUAUGGAAAUCCCAGAUCACAUGAACAAAUACAUCACAGACAAAUCUGAAGCAAAAUCAAAUAAGCCAAAGAUUGCCGAGAAAGGCAUAUGGCAUGAAGACGAAGAAAAGGAAAGAGUAUAGGCCACAGCCACAUUCUGAUUUUUCUCCAAGAGGUAUUCCUCCAAGAGUUUUAGGAGCUUCUGUGUUGACCCCAAGGGGAACCAGGCCUGUGUCUAGUGAGGACGACCUGAUGGGGAAAUCCAUCAUCAUAGGAGUGCCAAGAUGUGAUUUCAAUGAUUAUGAGUUAUAUGUUCCAAAACAAGAGCAGGGUGAAGAUUUUGAAUAUGAAUAUAGAGUACAAAGACCCUUAUAGCAAACAAGCAAAUGUUCAAAGCACAGUGCUUAAUAUAACAUCUCAGCAUUUCUUAAAACUUGCUGGAGACAAGGAUACCAGAACUUAUUUCAUCUCAGUUGAAGAGGAAGAAUGGGAUUAUGCUGGUUAUGGGCAGAGGAGGCUUGAUAAAUCAUCUCAAAACGAGAGGCCUACAGCUUUCAAAAAAGCGGUGUUCAGAAAGUACCUUGACAGCACCUUUACUAUCAGAGACAUCAGAGGGGAAAUUAAUGCCUGGGAAUUCUGGGUCCGGUCAUUAAAGCUGAAGUUGAUCAGACUGUUAUGGUAAUUUUCAGGAACCUUGCCAGCCGCCCGUACUCUUUGCAUGCAAAUGGAGUAAAGUACUUAAAGCAAAUGGAAGGCCUGAGUUAUGAUGAUCAAUCACCGUACUGGUACAAACAGGAUGAUGCCGUACAACCCAACAGCACCUUUAUUUACAUGUGGACUAUAAAUUCGAAAUCUGGACCUCAAAAUAAUGAAUCUGACUGUCGAACAUGGACCUGCAACUUUGCAGUGAAUCCUAUAAGCAUGAAUGUUCCUUCAUAUUCCUCUUAAUUUAAGACUGCUCCACAAGGGCUGUCCAUGUUACAAAUAAGUUCAUUUAAAUACAAAUUAGUGUCAAAUAACUAUUAUUAAUUUCCACUUACAAUUGAAUUACUUUCUUGCAUAAGAGAGAGACAUAAACUCUGGGCUGAUUGGACCGCUUCUGGUGUGCAGGAAGGGUAUCCUGGAUAAAAAGCCUCUGGACAGAAGAGAGUUCAUCCUGCUUUUUAUGACGAGAUGAGAAUAAGAGCUGGUACUACGAGGAGAAUUGGAAGAGGAUUGAAAGGAAAAACAAAAGAGCAGUCAUGGAUCCAAAUUUUCUAAAUAAUUUAAAGUUUGACACUAUCAAUGGUAUUAUCUACAGUCUCAAAGGACUAUGAAUGUACACAAAUCAGCUAGCGAAGUGGCAUCUGAUCAACAUGGGCUGUUCUAAAGUGUUAUACGGUGGAGUGGAGUGCCUCCACAGUGUCCAUUUCCAUGGUCAAACGUUCAUAAAUAAGGAGUUAAAGGAUCACCCGUUAGGGUAUUUACCCACUUUUAUCAGGUGGAUUUGUCACACUGGAAAUGUUGCCUUCAAAGCCUGGUCUCUGGCAGCUGGAGUCUGAAGUUGGACUCUCACAGCAGAGGGGAAUACAGACGUUACUCCUUGUGUUAGAUAACGUCUGUGAUCAUCCUCUUGGUCUCAUCUCUGGAACUGUGAAAGAUGAGCACAUUACAGCAUCUGACUCUAGAGGACAAUGGAAUCCUCAUUUGGCCAGACUACAUAAUACAGGGAAAUACAAUGCAUGGAGUACAGAAAAGACAGGACAGCACAUUCAGUUUGUCAACAUGUCUGUCCAGACUUGGGUACCCAGCAGCCUCCCAUAAUGAACAGCUCUAAGAAUGGGACAGUGGUGGCCAACUCCACUAAUGGCCUGGACGACGACGGGCUCGUGGUCCUGGAGUCUGUCUCUAUCAUCAUAAUAGCCAUAUUGGCAUGUCUGGGGAAUCUGGUCAUUGUGGUGACGCUAUAUAAGAAGCCCUACUUACUGACACCCAGUAACAAAUUUGUCUUCAGCCUGACUUUGUCCAAUUUGCUGCUGUCUGUCCUAAUGCUGCCCUUCGUUGUGGCCAGCUCAGUGCGUCGGGAUUGGAUGUUUGGAGUGGUAUGGUGUAACUUCACAGCACUGCUCCAUUUACUCGUCAGCUCAUCCAGCAUGCUUACACUUGGAGCCAUUGCCAUUGACAGGUACUAUGCUGUUUUAUAUCCCAUGAUCUACCCCAUGAAAAUCACGGGAAACCGAGCUGUGCUCGCCAUUGUUUACGCGUGGCUCCACUCCCUGGUCGGAUGCCUGCCGCCGCUUUUCGGUUGGUCCGCGUUCGAGUUUGACCGCUUCAAGUGGACCUGCACAGUGGCUUGGCACAAGGAGAUCAGCUAUACUGCCUUCUGGGUUACGUGGUGCUGCCUUCUGCCACUGGCAGCCAUGCUGAUCUGCUAUGGCGUUAUCUUCCGUGUGGCCCGCAUCAAAGCUCGGAAGGUUUACUGUGGUAGCGUGGUGGUGGCUCAGGAGGAGUCCAGUUCUCAGAAGAACGGCCGCAAGAACUCUAAUACUUCCACAUCUUCUAGUGGAAGCCGCAAGAGCCUGGUGUACUCUGGGAGCCAAUGCAAGGCCUUCGUCACCAUUCUGGUGGUGCUGGGGACGUUUCUGACCACUUGGGGUCCAUAUGUGGUAGUUAUCAGCACAGAAGCACUGUGGGGUAAAGACAGUGUUUCUUCACAGAUGGAGACGUUGGUCUCCUGGCUGUCCUUCACCAGUGCCGUGUGUCAUCCGCUUAUUUAUGGGCUGUGGAACAAGACAGUACGUAAGGAGUUGUUGGGCAUGUGCUUUGGCGACCGCUACUACAGAGAGUCUUUUGUUAUACGGCACCAGACCUCUCGUCUCUUCAGCAUCUCUAACUGGAUAACGGAUUUGGGAAUGUCUCCUCACCUGACGGCCAUGUUAGUGGGCGGUGGGCAGCUCCUGGGCCGUGGCAGCAGCACUGGAGACACUGGCUUCAGCUACACCCAGGACUCAGCUACAGACGUCAUGCUGUUGGACAGCUACAACUCAGAGCCCUCCCACUCAGCCCACUGUGCUGCCAAUAAAAGAAGUUCUGUCACAUUCGAAGACCAAAUGGAUCGGAUUCCUAAAGGUGACCCCUCAGUAGUCCAAGUGACAGCAGACAUCCACAAGUCUUUGGACAGCUUUGUGUCCUCUCUGGCUAAGGCUAUAGAGAACGAUGCCAAGCUUCAACUCUUUGGGGAAUGGACUCAAAUUCCAACAAGUCUGUUUACAAUACGAAACACACAGAGAGCUCCCCGUUACCUGGAUGGACAGAGACUCAGGAUGGAAAGCAUCGAUGAAGGAAUAGUUAAAGAUGAUGACGAUGAUGAAGAGCGUAAGGAAAAAAUAGCUAGCAACUGCUGCUACUUACUUGCCUUGGAGAGACCAAAGACCUACAGUGAUGGCUGUACCUGCAAGGCAUCAGGUACUAGAAGCCCUACUGUCACUCAUCAGAAGUAGUUAUGUUUUUGCAACAUAAAAGUUAUUGUAAAGUCAUGUACAGCCCUUGUAUAUUUGUCAGGUAUUUCACCUGUGUUGGGUACUGUGUGUCUUAUGUUUACUCUUUUCUUAGAAGGAAACUGUUAACCACUCCAUUUUAUACAUACUGACAGUUUGUAAGAAUGAUUAUCCUAGAGCUCUCCUCUCCACCAUUUUAAGUUCAGGUCUAUUCAUAUAUUAAAUUAUUUUAAGUGCCACAAGGUUCAAAGAAAAUAUACCAAAUGUCUAGGGGGUUAUAUUGACGUGGACAAAGGAAAUCACUUUUCAGGCCCUUACGCAUUAUAAAAUAUUUCUUCAGGCAUUGAAUUAACAUCAGAGAAUCAUGUAAAGAGAGAGAGAGAUACUGGGCAUAAAAAAAGGUAGAAUACCCUUAUACCCGGUUUUAUCCAUAGUUUUUGGUGGAAAAGCUGAUUAAAAUGUUUUGACAAUGUAAUGGUGCGAGAAAGCAUCUGCAGUGCCAAUACUGAAGUCAUUGGUACAAUUGCACGAAGAUUUUGUUACAUUUGAUCAGUGACUUCUCACAUCUGUGUUUUUGUUUUUACUAUUUUGGUUAGUGUACUCCGUAAGGAUUAAUCAUUCCUGUGGAAUCUUUUUUUUGCAUUAUGCCAGUCAGUUAUAUACCAAUAUUAAUAGGCUUCUUUGUCAAUGGCUGCAUUAUUUGUUUGCAAACCACAGCACAUAAUGCUUUUUUUAUUUUUAUUAGUACUGUUAAUAAUUUUUUUUAUGGGUACUCAAGCUUUCAGUCAUGUUUUGUUUGAAUCACAACACAUUUAAUGUUUAAACUGUCCUCUGGUACAUGGUUUGAAAAGGAACCGGAUCUCGAUCUGAAAAUUUGUGGACAAACAUUUAAAAAGAUGGCUUGCAUUCCUUAACAGUGCUGAAUGAGUUUAGCAUAGAAUGGCAUGCUAAUAGACGAGGAGAUAUUUCAUCUUAGCUUUUCCCAGCAAUCACUAGUCACUUAGCAGAAUGCUCAAGUCAACAGCUGCCACAACAAAGGCCAUCUGUGCUGUUAGGAGAGAGAAGCACGACCUGCCAACUAACGCUAGAACCAUUUGGCUAGACAGCAGUGGGUUGUAUGUAUAGACGGAGUCAAAAACAGUUCUCAUUUUAAUAAACUUUUAUAAAAAUUCUGCAGUGUAACAAUGAGUAUUGGCUGUUUUGGAUAAUGAGAUAUUGCAAGUAGUACCUGUAAAUUGGGGUUAGGCAGAAGAUCCCUGUGCAACGCAAGAUUUAGUAAUG